AUGCCGGGCCGCGCCGAGACAAUGCUGAUCCGGGAGCGCGCUCAGCUGGAGGCUCGUAACAAGCUGAACGACGCCAACAACCCGGUGCAGGCCGGCCUCGAGAGCGUCGCCAUGAACUACGACAGCAAGACACAUCAUACAGCAGCUGCGCGAUGCGCCGAGAAAGAGGCUGAGCUGGAGGCGCAACUGGACCAGCUGAAGGAGAUGAAGGACGUGCUGAACUCGCUGGUGGCCGGCUGCCAGGAGGUGCACGCGCAGUGGGAGCUGAAGCGGCGCACCGCCGCGCCGCCCGCCGAGGGGUCCCGCAAGGUGGCGUACCGGGCGCUGUACGAGUUCCAGGGCCGCUCCGCCGACGAGGUCUCGUUCCAGCCGGGCGACAUUGUCGUGAUUAAUCUGGACGCCAACCCGGAGCCGAACUGGCUGGAGGGCGAGGUCAACGGUCACGUGGGCUGGCUGCCGGAGUCUUACGUGGAGCCGGUCGACACGGCCACGCUCAGGUCAGUCGAGCUCGUCGAGGGCGCGGCGCGGGCCUUCAACGGCGAGAACGCUCCGGCCCAGGCUCCGGCGACCGGGCCGCAGCCAGCUUCCGGGGCCAGCCGCCACGUGGCGCUGUACACCUACGAGUCGACCGAGCCGGGCGACCUGCUCUUCCAGCAGGGCGACGUGAUCCAGGUCACCGAGAAGCAUGGCGAGUGGUGGACGGGCACCCUCAACGGCGUCACCGGCAUCUUCCCCUCCAACUACGUGCAGCAGAUCGAGAAGCGGAAGGGCGAGGUGGCCGUGGCGAUCGCGCCCUACGAGGCCACCAGCUCCGAGCAGCUGACGCUCGGCCGCGGCCAGCUGGUCAUGGUGCGCAAGAAGUCGGAGACGGGCUGGUGGGAGGGUGAGAUCCAGAUGCGCGGCAAGCAGCGCCAGGUGGGCUGGUUCCCGGCGUCCUUCGUUAAGCUGAAGACGUCGCGCCGCAUGUCGAUCCCGGACGAGACGGAGCCACCGAUGCCGGACGCGCAGUGUCCGGGAGACGCGCCGGCGCCCGACCCCGGCGCGCCCAAAGAGCUGGUGGUGGCCCAGUUCCCGUACGCGGCGCAGAACGACGACGAGCUCACGUUCCAGGCCGACGACGUUAUCUCCGUCGUCAACAAGGACGACACGGCCUGGUGGAAGGGUGAGCUGAACGGCAUCGUCGGCCUCUUCCCUUCCAACUACGUGGCGCCCAAGACGGCCCAAUCGCCGCCGCUGGAGGAGCGCCAGCGCCAGGAGGCCAUCGCCGAGCUGAUCGACAGCGAGCAGAGCUACCUGACCAGCAUGUCGCUCGUCACAGAGGUGUUCCGGCGCCCCCUGGUGUCGGAAGGCGUGCUGACGCGGGAGGAGGCGCGCGUGCUGUUCGUCAACUGGCCUGACCUGGUCAAGGCGAGCCGGAAGCUGAUGGUGGCCUUCCGCGUGCGUCGGAAGAUGUCGGCUGGCGGCGUCAUCCACCUGAUCGGUGACAUCCUGUGCGAGAACCUGCCGAACAUGACGUCCUACAUGCGGUUCUGCAGCUGCCAGCUGCGCGCCGCCACGCUGCUGCAACGCAAAGUGCAAUACCCGCGUUUUGACGAGGCCGUGCGCCGCUGCCAGAGCGACCCGCGGGCCGCCGGUAUGCCGCUGAGCAGCUUCCUGCUCAAGCCCACCCAGCGCGUCACCAAGUACCCCCUGCUGCUGAAACAGAUUCUCAAGUACACCGGCGCCGGCCACCCGGACCGAGCGAACCUGGAGGAGGCGCUGGUCCGGGCCGAGGAGCUGUGCAGAGAGGUGAACGAGGGCGUUCGGGAGCAGCAGAACUCGGACCGCCUCGAGUGGAUGCAGGAGCACAUCGACUGCUCCGACAUCCCCGAGCGCAUCGUCUUCAACUCCAUGACCAACUCGGCCGGGCCGCGCCGGCUCAUCCACUUCGGCCUGCUGAAGAAGACUAAGAGUGGGAGAGAGGUGGCGCUCACAAAGCGUCCAUCUGAGCCGAGUGCGGGAGAUCCCUUGAUGUACAAGACCGUUGCGGAACAACCCGUCCGUCGACCACCCUCUGGAGCUGACUGGGCGGGGCGCGUUCCGUCUGUAAGCCAGCAGCGAGACGCACGGUCGCCCGCGCCAGGGGGCGCUCCGAGCCGUGCCUCACCCCUCUCCCUCUCGCGGCCAGGCAAGAGCGACCCGUACUGCGAGCUGACCAUGGGCAGCCAGGUGCAGCGCACGCCAGUCAUCGAGAGCACGCUCAACCCGCGCUGGAACCACAGCAUGCAGUUCCUGGUCAAGGACAUCCGCGACGACGUGCUCUGCAUCUCGGUGUUCGACCGGGACCAUUUCUCGCCCAACGAGUUCCUGGGCCGCACCGAACUGCGCGUCUCGGACGUGCACAACGACAGCCAGCGCUACCGCGGCCCCAUCAUCAAGCGACCGCUGCACGAGGUCAGACGCGGCGAGGUCGACCUCAAGCUCGACCUGCAGCUGUUCGUUGACCGGUGCUAGUGCCGCCGCCGGCCGGUGGCGGAGCGAGUCUGCCCCUGCACCGACGCCGGUGGCGCCAGGCGGGCGCCCAGUCCGGAAGGGAGGGACAGCUCGCAGCUCGGGUAGCGUUACAGGCCGAGCUGGCCAGCCUCGAGACUCCCGAGACCUCCCGAGGCCUCCCGAGGCCUCCCGAGACCUCGGUCUGGCGACUGAUCUCGGCGGCGAGUUGGUGGCCGUGGUUUUGGGACGGGCUGGAGCGGACCAACGAGGUGGGCGGAUGCGCCUCGGCCGCGACGGAGCCGUGAUGAUGGAUGGCUGUUUCAAUGGCGAGGGACGGUGGAGACAGUGGCGAAUUUCGCCUCAUCCCUGUUCCAAAUACGGCAGUGUGUCUCACUGGCUGACAUCAGCUGGCCAGCAUGGCUCUGAUGUUGGCUGUGCUGCUGGUUUUGUGACGGGGUGCUACGAACCCCACGAGACAGAAAUGUCAACGCUUCGCUCGUCUGCGCCAAGUGGGGAUGGAACAGCUGGACCAGGCUGCGUAGUCAGCUGAUAAGGGUAACCAGUGAAGACGGCUGGACUAGUCAGUCUAAAUGACGACAUCACGGCUGUCUGUAGCCUUUGUGUAGUUGUCCUCUUACACAGGCUCGGGAGACCCUCAGCGCUCCCAGACAUUGCGGUAUUGUCUGGUCUUCACCUGGCGCUGUCUUCGCUACCCGUCACUUGUUGUCGUUAUGGUCCGUUUUGGACCGUUGAAGUUCAUGUAGUUUUGAGUUUAGGCAUCCCUCUCAUGUGUUCCACGGCGGGUGUUGAGUAUCAGCUUGUUGCCUGUUUCCUGCAAGCUGUCACUGCAUGGCUUCUACAGAAUGCUUGCUGCCAGAGAGCUUCGUGUCCUCUUUUUGGAGGAAACAGACCAUGUUCUACGUCCGUAUGUUGUUCAACAGCCGGGAAUUCGGCGUCUCUUGGUUCAAGUCGUACUGUGUUUAGGAUGACUGUUGAGAUAUGUUCAAACUUCAGACUGGGACGGCCGUCAAAAGGUAGCUGUCGGCAUCUGGUCGGAACGCACAAUGUUUUGAGGAUCGCGUAUGUACACGGAAGGCUC